GCGCACGGACCAAUCCAUUUGCUACGACAACCCAGAGCCAGCUGCUUCCCCAUUCCCUUCUACGCCUCAAUUGCUGUGGACGUACGGCCCAAACAUCUUCUGACGCCGUCAUAUUCUCUAUCUACAUCCGGCCACUUCCUGAUCUGCAUUUUCAAGAUGGGCGGCGGUGGCAAAAUCCCAUACCCAAAGCAUGUCUGGUCGCCGGCCGGUGGCUGGUAUUCUCAGCCGUCCAACUGGAAGAGUAACACACUCAUCGCUGGUGCUGUGCUGUUUGGCAUCAGCGCUAUCUUGUUCAACAUCAGUGCCAACAUCGAGAGGAGACCGCGGAUGCCCGAGCCGGGGCGAUUCUACCCGAGCAGAUACUGGUCGAAGCAGAUAAGAGAGCAUGAGGCCGCCCAAAAGGACAGUUCGUGAUGGCUCGUGGGAGGACAAUUGAAAGGACAGAGGCCGGGAGUCGAUUUCCUAGGCCAAUAGAUUGACGCAACUGCCGCUUCUAUGCAAGAUGGGUGUUGAUUAUGAUGUUGUCUUUCAUUGGAGGGGUAUAUCUGGGCAAGUCGUCUACUAAACCUUAGAAGUCUACGAGGAGAGGAUGGCGAGGCAACUGCUACGUAUGUAUAUAGAAUCCCGACCAUCAGCUCAAUCAGCAGCAGUAGUGCCCCAUUCACAAAAACAAAAUGUUCGCUUUUCCCACCAUAAUCUCUCAUGCGGAUGUGCACCACGUAUUCACAACCUCUGUAGAUAUAAUUCUAAACGUUCCGCAACACGA